GUCGCGCUGUCCCGCGUGCGACCUCUCGCUUGCCCGGCGGCCCCGCGUGCCUCCCGCGGGCGCGCUCCUGCUGGACCGCCUCCUGUGCCUUGCGCUGCUCCUCAACUUCGCCGUGGGCGUAUUGAGCCUCGCCAGGGACUCGUACAGGCUGGGCCACACGUGGCACCGCACUCUGCAGGACCCAACGCUAAUGAGAAUAUGAGGUACCAGGAAGCGUACGACCGUGGGACCUCCGAGGAAGAAUACAGCAGCAGCAGCAGGGCCAGUGUGAGAGGUAGUAAUGGGGAGGGUAGCAGAAGGGGCGAGAGCAUGGUAGCUGGGGUGCAGGAGUUUUUUCUGGAGGCAGGCGACCCUCGGUUCGACUGGUUCGUGGCUGGAGUGGUGAGCUUGAUCCCCGGCGUCAACGGCGCCGCAUGGCUGCUCGCCUCGUGGCACUCCUCGCCCGUCCUCUCCCCCGGCCUCAAGCGCCACAUGGCCAAGAACGCUGCAGCCUACGGCCUGCCCAGCCUCGCCUCCCUCCUCGUCUUCGCCCUAGGCUUCCCCUCCCCCAUCUCCCUCCUCCUCUCGCCCUUCUCUUCCCUCACCUCCUUCCUUCUCUCGCCGUUCAGCCAAUCAGUGGCCGCCACUGCAGCAGGAUCAGCAGCUGCUGGAGCGGUGGCAGCAUUAGGGGGGUUGUCGGUGGUGGGGUAUGGCAGCAGCAGUGCGUGGUGGGUGAGCGUGGUGCUGGGGGCGGUGCACCUGCAGCUAGAGCGAGUGAGGGCUGUGAGCAUGCAGGAGUGCAGAGAGGUGCUUCGCGCCUUUGGGCGCGGGCUAAAGAGGACGAGAGAGAGGCGACGAGGGCAAUGAAGGGGAUGGAUUGGUGGGAUGGUCAGGCGGGAGGUGAUGCGGAUGAGGGGGCUGGCAACGAUGGUCGCGCCCGACGCAAUAGCAGUGGCAGCGGCGGGAGCCAGGGUGGUGAUGUGUGGAUGGAGGCAGAGGAGCGGAGGCGGCUACAGCAGUUUGAUGCGAAGCUCGUGGGGAGGCCUCUGCAGCAAAUGGGUAUGCCAAGCAGCCCGGCACAGUGGCUUGGCCACAAUGGCUAGGGCUACCACUGUGGGAUGCGGGGGCCAAAAGCUGUGCAUGUAAGCAAUCUGCUUCGUAGUUAGAAGCAAUCUCUCACCCGUUCUCCUCAGGCUGCCUCUUUCUCUGCAUGGACAGGCCCGCCGGCAGCAUGGACAACAGACGAUGUGGUAACAUGGCUCACAACAUAGGGCUUUGCCUCCUAUGCAUCUGCAUUCCUCCACCACACUGUCUGCGGCCAGGUGCCCUCCUCAUGCACCCUUGCUGCCCUGCCCUGGGCUUCUCCCUGCAUCCUUGCCUUUCCUGUCAACAAUCUUUGUGUUUCACUCUUCCUCAUUGUGUCAACCCUGCUUCUAUCCCUCCCUCACUCGCCCCUCACACUGCAUUGCACUGUCAGUCCUCUCUCCUCCAUGUGUGUGCAUUGCCUGUGUGCAUGUGCUGCCAGCAGGUGUUGCUGGACCUGACAGCAGAGGACCUGAGGGAUGAUCUGGGGGUGCGCACUCUAGGUGA